AUGCAAUCUGGGUAUAAAAGCAUAUUAGGGUUGAAAAAGAAUCUAUUGGAAUAUAGUGACCCUUCUGAACUCUCAAGGCAAAGUAAAGAGGCGAAUGCGGUUCUUAGCGAUGACUCUAUUACCGUGGAAAAGUUAGGAUCGAGACAAAGACAUCAUUUCUUGGAACCUAGGGAGAAUAUGAAAUACGACUUACCUGAAUCUGUUUGGAAAAGUGUGGAAGAAUUCAGCUUUCAAAAAAGUACAGCUCGCAAAGAACAAAGUGAGGGAACUUAUAUCACGGAUAUAAUUAUGCAUUUACUUCAGGCUAGUCUGGAAGAUAUGUCUAAUGG